CCGGCGCCGGGGCGAGUGUCCGCGCGGCCGGGGCCCGAGCCGCACCCGAUACAGGCGCGGGCGCCCGUGCUCGCGGCCCGCGGAGAGAGCGAACGCGGGUGGAGGCUGCUGAGGGCGGCCCAGUAGCAGCGCAGCGCGUCAGCGGGUCCCCACGCCCUCGCUGGCCGCAACCCUCCGUGCGGAGGGCUUAGGGAGGCCGGACCGGGAAGGGGGAGGCGACGGGCGGGACCGGCGCAUUCUCCUCCGCAGAGCCUGGUAAACAGCUGGCUUUGGUUACACGCCUGAGGGUGAAGACGGCUCAGAGCUGGAGCCCUUGGGCAGGUGGUGUCGGUUCCCCCCCGAGUCAGGCCUCUUCUGACGUUUUCUUCGGGAGCCCGGCUUCACAUUUAUUCAUAUGGAUCUGUCUCCUGCAGCAGCCGUAACGGGUUUCAAAUCACACCAACCUUCUACUUCUUUUCGGUCUAACCGUUAAGUCUCCCCGGCUCUCAGAUAGCAAAAACCCCAAAUAGGCUGGCCUGUUGUUACCAAACAGGUAAACAAACGGCUCGCUCUUUUUCCUUGGGCACUUUACUAAGUUCUUCCAGUUCAUUCUAAUAGAUUUGUUCUGUUAUCGCGAGCCAGUUCAGUCAUUACAGCUUCUGUAACAUCAAAGACUAAAAUAAUGAAGCUUUUUUUCCUGUAAAAAAUGUUUAAUUUCUGUUUCAACAAGAAAUUUGAUCUGUCGUAUCUUUCAUGAUUCCAGUCUUUGCUUCUCUUACCACUUUUUUUUGUGGCAGUCCCGAUCCCCGCCUGACGCAGACUGCACUUAUCUUACAAGUCUAAGGAUAUAGGAGAGGGAGACUAAGGGUCUUCUAACCAUCCCUGCAAGUUCUGGGCUCCACAUUUGUAACUACCUUACUCUGUUCUGCUGCUGACUGCAGCAGCCCUUCAUGUCUUUGUGGCUCUAGAAUGAAACUGAAGGCCAUUGGCUUACCACUGGAGAAAUAAAGGACAUUGCCAGAUCGACUCUUCUGACUGUAACAAUGUUAGCCCCAUGCAAAAGGACGACCAGUUCUUCACGCUCCCAAAUCCUUCUAAUGUGGAAGCCAAACAAGGCUCAUUGUGGACCCCACAAUGUUGAGAAGGAAAUCCUUGCAUCAAGACUCUUACGCAACACUGAGACCUGUCGACAAAAUUUUAGGAAUUUUCCAUAUCCAGACCUGGCUGGUCCUCGAAAGGCACUGAAUCAACUCCGAGAGCUCUGCCGUAAGUGGCUGAGGCCUGAGAUUCGCUCAAAGGAACAAAUCCUCGAGCUGCUGGUGCUGGAGCAAUUCCUGACCAUCCUGCCUGGGGAGGUUAGGACUUGGGUGAAGUCCCAGUACCCAGAGAACAGCGAGGAAGUGGUGACUCUGGUGGAGGAUUUAACUCAAAUUCUAGAAGAGGAAGCUGCUCCUCAGAGCUCAGCCUUUUCCCAAGGGACCCCAGAAGAAGACCCGAAAGGAAGACAUGCUUUCCAGGCAGGGUGGUUAAAUGAAUUGGUGACCAAAGAAUCAAUGACAUUCAAAGAUGUGGCUGUGGAUAUCACCCAGGAGGACUGGCAGCUAAUGCGUCCUGUGCAGAAGGAACUGUACAAGACUGUGACGCUACAGAACUAUUGGAACAUGGUUUCUCUGGGACUGACAGUGUACAGACCAACUGUGAUUCCCUUAUUGGAAGAACCAUGGAUGGUGAUAAAAGAAAUCUUAGAAGGCCCUAGUCCAGAACGGGAAACAGAAGCCCAAGAGUGUACUCCAGUUAGGCAUAUUUCUAAACCCACAAAGGAUGGAACUGAGACCAUCAAAUUGGAAGAACCAUAUGACUAUGAUGACAGAUUAGAGAAGCAAGCUACAGCUACCUUUUGGAAGAUUCCCCAUAAUGAAAGAAAUUUCAGGCUGAAGUCAGUCCUUUCACAGGAAGAUGAUCCUACAGAAGUGUGUCAUAGUGAAUAUAAUAUAUACAGAAAUGAUUUCAAAAAGCAUUCAAAUCUAAUUAUACAGUUUGGUGCCCAAUCAGAUAAUAAAAAUACUUAUAACGAAGGCAGAGCAACCUUCAGCCAUGUUUCAUAUGGUAUUGUACAUAGAAAAAUACUUCCUGGAGAGAAGCCUUACAAAUGUAAUGUGUGUGAGAAAAAGUUUAGGAAAUACCCAUCCCUCUUGAAACACCAAAGUAGCCAUGCCAAAGAGAAAUUAUAUGAAUGUGAAGAGUGUGGAAAAGAAUUUAGGCAUAUCUCAUCCCUUAUUGCACAUCAGAGAAUGCAUACAGGAGAAAAACCAUAUGAAUGCCACCAGUGUGGUAAAGCCUUCAGCCAGCGUGCACACCUUACUAUACAUCAGAGAAUUCAUACCGGAGAGAAGCCCUAUAAAUGUGAUGACUGUGGAAAAGACUUCAGUCAGCGUGCACACCUUACUAUACAUCAAAGGACUCAUACUGGGGAGAAACCCUAUAAGUGCUUGGAAUGCGGGAAAACCUUCAGCCACAGUUCCUCACUGAUUAAUCAUCAGAGAGUUCAUACUGGAGAAAAACCUUACAUAUGCAAUGAAUGUGGGAAAACUUUCAGUCAGAGUACACACCUUCUUCAACAUCAAAAAAUACAUACCGGAAAGAAACCAUAUAAAUGCAACGAGUGUUGGAAAGUUUUUAGUCAGAGUACUUACCUUAUUCGACAUCAGAGAAUUCAUUCUGGAGAGAAGUGUUAUAAAUGUAAUGAAUGUGGAAAAGCCUUUGCUCAUUCCUCAACUCUUAUUCAACAUCAGACUACUCACACUGGAGAGAAAUCCUAUAUAUGUAACAUAUGUGGGAAAGCCUUCAGCCAGAGUGCAAACCUUACGCAACAUCAUAGAACACAUACUGGCGAGAAACCAUAUAAAUGCAGUGUGUGUGGAAAAGCAUUCAGCCAGAGUGUACACCUUACUCAACAUCAAAGGAUUCAUAAUGGAGAAAAACCUUUUAAAUGCAAUAUAUGUGGGAAAGCAUAUAGACAGGGUGCAAAUCUUACUCAGCAUCAAAGGAUUCAUACUGGAGAGAAACCCUAUAAAUGUAAUGAAUGUGGGAAAGCUUUUAUUUAUUCCUCAUCACUUAAUCAACAUCAGAGAACUCAUACUGGAGAGAGACCAUAUAAAUGUAAUGAAUGUGAUAAAGAUUUUAGCCAGAGAACAUGCCUUAUUCAACACCAGAGGAUUCACACAGGAGAGAAGCCCUAUGCAUGUCAUAUAUGUGGUAAAAGCUUCACCCAGAGUACAAACCUUAUUCAACAUCAGCGUGUUCAUACAGGGGCCAAGCAUCAUAAAUGAUGGAUAUGGGAGACUUCAUUUAGGUUUUACAACUUACUCAUUUAACUUUAUUUUGUACUCCCUGCGUUAAAACAUCAUUCAAAAGAAGUGCAAUGUACUUUAGACACUGCUCAGCACAAGUAUUGCAAUUAGUAAUGUGGAUAUUACCUAUUUAAAUUUAAUGUGAAAUUUAAGAAAACUUCAUUUCUUAACCCUUAUUUGAUACCAGUUUAGUUCAUUCCAGAAGAAACCCUAUAAAGGAGCACUCAAAAACCUGUAACUCAUCAACUUCUUUUGUAUUUCAAGCAGUUCUUAAUGAGGCCUUAUGAAUGUAAACUUGGUAAAGUUUCCAUCAAGUAGAGAUUUCACAUUAGAGAGAAUCCUGGGAUAAUUGAAAAGAAAAAGCUGCUUUCAGGUCUUUAUUUCUUCCCAGCAUUGAAGCCUUAAAUACAUAAAGGAUGCCCUUCCCUUUUCCUAAUAUGCCGAAACAGUCACAUGGAGCCAGUAGGUUUGCAAAAAAAAAAAAGUUGGAAGUAGUGGUUGAAGGAUUUCUAUGUGACCACUGUUUACACUUUCUUUAAAUACUGAAAUACUAUUAAAGGAAGAGGUUAGUGAAAGAUUGUUCCAAUAAAUUAAUGUAUAUAUAAUCCUUAGACAUGAACAAAUUUAAACAGGUUAAAAAUUAAACACCCAACCUUAAUCUUUAAAAUAGCCUUAGUUUCAGUUUUGACACCUGUCAUCCUGAAAGAAAAUACAAAAUUCCAUUUUUUUCCUGACUCCUAAAUUCAUAACUUAAGCUUCCCCUGUGACUGUUUUACUGUAGAAAGUCCACCUCUUCCACUGAAACAUGUUUCUUGAGUGCCUACUGUGCUCAGUGUCUGACAUUCCUAAUUGGAUUCUUUCAGAGCUUCUUAGUGCUGGAAAUCACAGCUGAUUUAAGCAACAAAGCUCUCUGUAGUGAACCAUAACAAAGGACAUGAAAUCUUAACUACUGUGUCAUGAAAUGAGCAUAAGAAACUCACUAAAAUGGUUGCCAAAUGGUACCCCAUAUCCCAUGACAGGGAAGUACUGAAAGCAGCUUUUUAAAUAGUGUAAAAGGUAGAUUUGAGUUCACUGCAGAAAUUAGGUUGGAAAAAAGUCAAGGUGAGGACUUAACAGUGAGGAUAGAGAAAACAGAUAACUUAUAACAUGAAAUGUUACUGGACUUGUUUACCUAAGAAAAUAAGAGUAACUAACUGAAUAAAACAAAAUUCUGCCUGUUCAUAAGAAACUCAAAGUGACUGAUUUUAAAGGAAUAAUUGGAGUUGGUACUCCUUUAUACAUAUAAGUAAAAUAGGGAUUAUUCUUACAGUAUCAGGAAAAAAAUUCAUUGGAAAAAAAUCAGAUGCAAAAACUGUCAUUGAUACAAUAAUCAUUAAAAAAUAACUGAGCUUGUGAUGUUAAACAUAAAAGGAAAAUGGCAGAAAUACAAACAGAAAUAGGUAGAAACGCUAUUGUAACGUGUGUAGCAUUCCACUAUCAGAAUAUAAGACCAUAUUCUGAGAGCUGAGAUUCUGUCUUGCUUUUGUUUCUUCAGUAUAUGUUGGUUGAAUUAAUGAGUAAAUAAGUAAAAAUUCAGAGUUGGGUAAUAAGGUAGAAUUAACUGAUAUGGAGUGAAAUUGAUAGAAUUUAAAAUAUUUUUUGUGCAUCCAUGCAAAGAAAUAUUUAUCAAAUUUUGGUCAUCUACUGGAUGAUAGGAACCACCUAAAUAUGAAGAUUUAGAAUCCCCAAAUAUUAACAAUGGGGAUAGUCCUAAGGAUAUCAGAGGAUAACUUUGUAUAGGAAGUUUUCCUGAGCUGAGGAAAAAUUGAUAUAAAUUCUGGAUCCAUAAAUACUAGUUUAAGCAUGUUUUGACCACACAGCUUCAUUUGGACAUUACUGUUUAUAUAAACAUCCUAUAAACAGGUGCCAAAGGAAAGACCUAGGGUGCUAGCAUCUUCAAGGCUUUCCUGUUGAGUGUUUUUAAGAAGUUACUGCUUCCCCUUGUCUUCACAUUGGUUAAUCUUGCUGUCAUGGAAUUAUCCUUCACAAAGUGCAGACUGUCUCCAGGUUGCAGUAAUACUCAAAUUAUGUUUAUGCCGUAGUUGUCAUGUUAGAAAAUAACCAAGAUGCAAUUUUUAUAAUGCCACUUCAAACUUUACACUUUUUUCUCCUGGAAUGAAUGUGUGGAGUAUUGCAGUCCAUUCCAUAGCACCUUUCUUUGCAUUAAUUUGUAUUUCCUGCCUUUAUGUGUUUUCUGUAAAUAAUGCAUUUAUAAAGACUUCGCUGAUAGACUGAAGCAAUUAAUGCCCUUAUAAUAAUCAUGGAGAAUCCUAGAUUUUUGUGUAUUUUUCCCUUUACAGUUGUUUGACCCACGUGUCAUUCAAGAUUUUUAGCAGAUAGUCCUAUUUCCACAACUUUUUAUUACAAAACUGUUAAAUAUACAGAAAGGUUAAAAAUAAUAAAAUGAACUGUAUAUCCACCACUUCGCUUUAAAAGUUAACAUUCUGCCAUAUAUUUUACUGAACACUUGGAAAGUAAUUUACAGAUAUAACACCUCACCCUUAAAUACUAAGCAUGCAUCUCAUAAAAUGAGUCUUUUAUACCACAGUACCACUACAUACCUCAAAAAAUGAACAGGAAAUCUCUUAUACCUAAUGCUUAGCCCAUGUUUAAAUUUUCUCUGUUGAUCCAGUCAAGUUGCACCAUUACUAUGUUAUUGUUAUACUAUUUAAUCUAUCUAGAGCAGUAUCCCACCUUUGAUUUUUUCCAUGAUUUUUAAAAUACAUCAGAUCAGUUGUAGAAUGUCUCACAUUCUGAUUAACAUUGUUUACAUGUGGUUUAUCUCACUCCUGUAUCCCCUGUAGUUUUUGUAAAUUAGCAUUUAGGAUCAAAGACUUGAUUAGAUUCAGGUUAAACACUUUUAAAUUAUUUCAUGGUGCAUCACAUCGAAAGACUGAUUAAUAUCUGGUUGACUUUCAGUGAUGCCAAAUUUGAUUGCUUGAGUGAGGUGGUAACCACUGUGUCUUCCCAAUGUGAAGAUACAUCUUUCCUGUUGCAGUCAACAAAUCUGUGAACUGACACUGGCUGCAUUGGGACAGCCUGUUUACCAACAACCUUUCACCUGGUGGUUUUAGUACCCAAAGACGAUCUUUGCCUGAAUCAAUUAUUUCAUCAAGGUUUGCAAAAUGGCAAUUCUCUAAUUCUGUCAUUUAUUGACUCGCCUUCUUCUGUAAGGAGAGCUUUCCUGCAUUAACUGGGAAUGCAACAGAGGCAGGGUGUGCUUAAAUUCUUUUCCUUUGUUCAGAGUAAGGAGUUGGCAAUGAUGACAAAUAAUUCAAUUUUUAAUUGGCCAUUACAGUCAAUUAUGACCACUGUUUCUAAUGCUCAGAUUGUCCCCAAUUUGGCCAGCUGGAGCCCUUCAAGUAGCUCUUGUGUCCUUUGACAUCCUUUCUCUAGUCUUUAGGCACCUAAUUGCCUUCUGACACAAGAUAUCUCAGGUUCACCAUGUACCUUCCAUGCCCCAGAUUUGGAAUGAGCCAUCCCUCAUCUGUAUCUUCUGGUAUCAAUUCAUUUGCAUGUGCCUGUAAACGUACUUAGUCCUCUAUUUCUGUUACUCUCCUCAUGGAUCUCUAUUUCACUACAGUCAUUAAUCUCCUUAGGACAGUAUAGCCAUUUGCAUGUGUACCAUACUUAUGUGUAUAAAUGUGUAAGUUCACAAGCAAUACAGUCAUCUGUAUAGAUGGCUGAAGUGAUGGCCAUGGUGCUGUACUGUUUUGCCUGAGGUCACACAGUCACACUGAUAGAAUAAGGAUGGGAACCCAUGACUUCAGCACUGAGUUCUUCCUAUAAAAUGUUAAUGAAAGUUCAGAGCACAAACAGUAUGUACCUACAAUUUUAUAAAAUGAUAUAUUUUGAUGAGACUAGAGCAUUGAAAGUUUGUUUUUGAUUCCCCUCCUAUAUAGUUUAAGUCCAAAUCUUUAAACUUGAAUAGCCCAACAGAGAAUGCACUCCCCCCUUCAACUCUUGUGUACCCCUAUAUCUUUCCCAACUUUCAGAAUCACACAGUCAAUGAUCACCUGGAACUAUUCACAAAUACCAUAAGUGGCUUCAUCUAAAAUGGAAUUUUUACCCCCAAACCUCCUCUUUAAUUCACCAUAACUUAGGGAGGCCAGAAGCCACUCUCUUCUUCGUCAGCAGUUUAGUCCUAUCGGUUUUUUACCUCCCCUGUGUUACAGUUGAUUCUCUCUUCUCUGCCACUGCCCACUGCCACUACAUCAUAUCAGGCUGUCAGCUCGUUUAUAUUAUUUCAUAGCCCAAUAAGUGUUCACCCUGACCCUAAUCUCACCACUUUCUAUAUAUCUCCCACCCUUUUGCCUAAGUCACCUGAAAACAUCUAACUGGUUCCAGCACCUGCAGCUGUGCAGGUUGAGUGGUGCAUGUGGCCCUGUCACCGUUGGCUUAAAAUCCUUCAGUAUCUUCUCAUGGUCAAUAGCCAUGGCUCUCAUUCUUUUUUUGUUUUUCUAUCAUUAAUAUACAAUCACAUG